CGUGGGCUUUCCCUAGUCGGCGGCGGGAAGGCGCGGCGUGUGGAGCUACAGCGCGGGCGGAGGCAGCGGCAGGAGCGCAUCUCCACCGACCCACCCACCCCCUUCUCUACUUCUCCGACCCCCAUGGAGUUCAAGCUGGAGGCGCACCGCAUCGUCAGCAUCUCGCUGGGCAAGAUCUACAGCGCACGGGGCCAGCGCGGCGGCCUCAAGCUGCACAAGAACCUCCUGGUGUCGCUGGUGCUGCGCAGCGCCCGCCAGGUCUACCUGAGCGAGCCGGGCUGCCCGCCCGAGCCGCCCCCCAUCGCCGCCCCGGAGGAGCAGCCGCCGCCCCCGCAGGACCAGGCGGCGCGGUUACCGGCGGCGGAUUGCCGGGAGCCCAGGCCGCGGGGCUGUGGAUGUUGCGGAGAAGCGACCUGCGGCGCCGCCGCCCCCCCUACGCCGCCCCCCUGCCCUCGGAAGCGAAGCGCCGGCGAGCGCGGCCAGGCGGGUUCCCCAGUGAAGAGACCCCGCCGCGAGGUGGAGGAGGAGCCGCCGCCGGGCGAGCAGGAGGACAUGGAGACGGGCAACGUGGCCAGCCUCAUCAGCAUCUUCGGCUCCAGCUUCUCGGGACUGCUCAGCAAGGAGCCCAAAGCCCGCCGGCGGGACCCUCGUGACGGCGGGGAUGCGACGGAGACCACCGAGCCGGGACAGAUCUGCUGCGACGAGCCGGUGCUGCGGACCCUCAACCCCUGGAGCACGGCUAUCGUGGCUUUCUGAGCCGCAGAGACUCGCCCUCCACCGCGGGGAGGGGGCGGACAGACAGACAGACAGACGGACCCGGAGCCGGCACCCCCUCCCCCCCCCUCCUUUUUGCUGCCGGGGCGGAGGGGCCCCCGCACGGGAAGGACCGCGGGGCGGCAGCGCUUCCCGGAAUUCCCCUCCCCGGGGGAGGCGCCCACGCCGGGGGCUCUCCCACCAGGUCAUAUUUUAAGCUCGGAAAGUAUUAAGUUUAUUAAAUAAAGUCUAUAUUUUGGAAAGGUUUAGGGUCAGAACUAUCACAUGGUGCUUUUAAAAAGUGUUUAGAGAGAGGAACGAAGUUUUACAGGCGCUCGGAUGGAAAGUCCUUCAGCCUGGUCGUUAGGCUUGGCGACUCCCGGCCUUUGUUGUAUAAAGGCUUGGGGCUCCCGUAGGUUUUUGUU